AAAAGGCUCAUAGGAAAAUGGCGGGUCUGUUUCCUCUUUUCAGAGGAUCCUCCCAAGGUUUAUAUGGAUGCUGGAUGGUCGGUGUGAAACGACGCCAUGUUGGCUCCAACUAUCGGACUAGUGCCUCGCACUACGUAGAAGAUUGACAAGUGACUUUUGGCUGAUGUAUUGCCAUUGGAGCUGGCCUGCAGCCCGGAGGCUUUGAGCUUUGAUUAAUCAGAACAAGAAGCAUUUUCUGAUGAAUCCAAAGAAAUCGCUCAUACAUUGUCUUCCUCAGGCGUUGAAAUGGAACGUUUGUGUGUGAUUCUUUUGCUUGUAAGUAAAACUUUCAUAGUGAAUGCGCAAUUCAAUGGGUUCAACUGUGAUGCCAACUUCCACAGCCGCUUCCCCGCUGAGCGGGACAUCAGCGUGUAUUGUGGAGUGCAAACCAUAACUCUGAAGAUUAAUUUUUGCCCGGUGCUUUUCUCUGGCUACACCGACACUGACCUGGCACUGAAUGGGCGUCACGGUGAUGCCCACUGCCGAGGGUUCAUCAACAACAACACGUUCCCGACGGUCGUGCUGUUUAGCAUCAGUCUCAGCACGCUGGAGGCCUGUGGAAACUCACUUGUGGUCUCCACGGCUCAGGGGCCCAACGCCUAUGGGAAUCUUUCCUUGGUCCAGAUUGGGAAUAUAGCAGGAUACAUUGACACUCCGGAUCCCCCGACAGUCAUCAGCUACCUACCGGGACUGCUUUAUAAGUUCAGUUGUAGUUACCCUCUGGAAUACCUGGUCAACAACACGCAGCUUGCUUCGUCGGCUGCAGCGAUAUCAGUGAAGGACAGCAAUGGCACUUUUGUGAGCACACUGAAUUUACUUCUAUACAACGACUCCACAUACGUCCAUCAUCUUGCCAUCCCAGUAUCUGGACUUACUCUGAAGACGCGAGUGUUUGCCGCCGUAAAAGCCACCAAUCUAGACAAGAGGUGGAAUGUUCUGAUGGACUACUGUUACACGACUCCCUCUGGGAAUCCUAAUGAUGAGCUCCGAUACGACCUUUUCUUUGGCAGAUGUGAUAAGGACCCACAGACAACAGUGUUUGAGAACGGGAAGAGCCAGAUGGGCCGCUUCUCCUUCGAGGUGUUCCGCUUUGUCAAGCACAAGAACCAGAAAAUGUCCACCGUAUUUCUGCACUGUGUGACCAAGCUGUGUCGCUCUGAUGACUGCCCCCUGCUCUUGCCUAUCUGUGGUAAGAGGAAGAAAAGGAACGUCUCGGAAAGAACUGCUGUGGCUUCUGGCAAUGCGGUCAUGACUGCUGGGCCCAUCAUCACCCGAAGUGAUGAAACUCCCACAAAUAAUUCCCAGUUAGCACAUUUAAACAGCCCUCCAUUCAAAAUGAAUUCAGUGACAAGCGCCUUGAUUUCUGCCAUCGCGAUCCUCGCCGUUAUGAGCAUGUGUUUCUUCAUCCUGUCUCUGUCACUGCUGAAAAGGAAAUAUACGCCACCAACACCUCUGUCAGGAACCCACAACCCAGCAUUCAGCUAAACACACACACACACGGCUGUUCGGUCAGCUAAACAAUACAACAAUACCUGUGUGCGGAGCUCUUCGGUUACACACAAUCAUACAGUACAGGGAAAUAAUAUCUUAAUAUCACUCUACACAGCCUUUAGCUAUACAGAGAUGCCUAUUUUUGGUUACAAGGCAUGAAUACUUCAUUCUUAUUACUGUAAAUUUACAUAACACACAAUCCUAAGCCAUAAGAGGCUGAACUCUGAUUGGAAAUGAUUCUCACACACAUAAUAUAAUCAGGAAUAACGGCAUUAGAAGAUGCACUUAGUCAUUUUUCCUCAUUAAAAUGUUUUACAGAUGAAAAAAAAUGUAAUUUUGACUAAAUCAUGUACACACACAUGAGAUUCUUAGACAUACUGGUAGACUAAACAAAUUUGGGGGCUGCCAUGUUGAGAUCACAUGACCAGCUGAAUAAUACUGACUUAAUGGACAAUUUCACUAAUGAAAUUAGUUAGUCAUGGCUGAUAAGGCAUUUCUAAAACUGAAGGCAUCUGAUUUUGCAUAAUUCUGCAUCCACACCACUUGGUGUCAGUCCAAGAAGACAUAAACAAAAAUUUCCAAAUGCACUUUUAGGCCCGAAAAAAUGGUAUGUGCAUGUACAUGAAGGCAGACGCUUCUGGCUACGAUCGACUGUUGACAAAUGUUUUUUCUCAUCAUUGCCCCAAGUGGCACUAUAUCUAAAACUGUCUGCUUUUACGAUCAGAUUUCUCUUUCAGGUCAACUACUGUUAUGGCGGAGCAACAGUUUAACCAAAAUCCUGAUCUAAGUCACUGUUGAGAACAACUUAGCUUAACACAUCGGCUUAAAGGCCAAAUGUCUGCAUUCACGUACUUGCGUAAAGCAUAUUUCUGUCUGUAAAGGGAUAGUUUUCAUUUUCACAUCGUUCCUAACUUAUUUUAAUUGAUUUGAAACAAAGGAGAUAUUUUUAAAGUCAUAUGCUGUUGUUUUGGACCCCAUUGACUUUCCUUGUAUGGGAAAACAACAGUCGAAAUAUAUUUCUAAAUAUCUUCUUUUAUGUUCAGCAAAGGAAAGAAAGUCAUACAGGUUUGUCAUCUUCAGGAGCUUCAUUUUUAGAUGAACUAUCCCACCAUUUGUUUCAUACUUUUAGACGUGACUGUUACACCACUACACGACAGCACCACAAUUUGUUUCUGUCUAGAAAACAAACCUGAACCACUAAAAUGAUAUCUCGAAAGUGAUUGUAGUUACGCAGUGUAUCAAAAACAUGAAGAUAUUUUGUUUUUACAAAUCUUAUUUAAUUGCACUUGUAAAUGAACUGAUCAACAGAGCAGCAAACUGUUUUUUACUUGUAUUUAAUUUGAAAUGUCAAUUGAUCCGGAUCUGUUGGUGCAGUGUAACUUAAAGUUCAUACCUCAGCCCCUUGCUUCAUUAUUGCAGGGUUUAAGAUCAGUUUCAUGAAGGACAUAAGCAAAGGUAUCUAAUAGACCUGCCUAACACAUAUUUCUAGUUCAGUGAGAAUAUUAGAGGCUAUAGGAUGGAAAGCGAGGAGUCUAUUCAUCACAACAGCACAAAGGAUCAUGGGACACCAGUGAUUCUGAGUACAUUACUCUCUGCAAUAAUUAGUUUGAGUUACAAGAGCUGAGAAAGAGACCAUAGGGAAGGAAUUUAAUUAAGUCGAACAGCAACCUAGAUCACUAUGCUAUGUGACUGAGGUGGAUGAGAAGACUAUUUAAGAUAUUUUUUUAGUUUUAAUUAAUUGUAUUUGUUUUUACUCAUUAGUAUUCAUAUGCCUCAGUGAUACCCACUGAACAUUAAUAAGUCUUAGCACUUAGUUUUACAUACUCUAAUAUCUAUUAGCUUUUCUCUUUUACUUUUAUUAAAGAUAUUUGAAUGGAGUUUGUCCAAGAUAAUUUAACAACCCAUGUUAUU